AUGAACUAUCGUGAUACGUUAAAGAAGAAAGCAGUUAAAAAUAAAUCUUCUCGCUUCCAUGAGGCCUACAAAACAGCUAGGAACGAUGUCAAUAGAUUGAUUAAAAAUACGAAAGCUAGUUAUUUUCAAGAGGUAAUUAGUAAUUCAAAAAACAACUCUAAAGAAAUGUGGAGAAAUAUAAACCAACUCAUUGGUAAAACCUCUAAAACAACAAAUGUAAUUUCAGUCAAAUCAAAUGAUCAAAUAUUUACGAAUAAGGAUGAUAUUGCUGAAACUUUUAACGAUUACUUUUCAAAAAUUGGUACAGACUUAUCCAACAGGAUUCCACCAAGUAAUGAAGGAUUUGAAGAAUAUCUUGAUCGGUCGGUUAGUGCUGUUUUUGAGUUCAAAUCGGUUUCUAAUGAUGAAGUUGAAACUGUUUUGAGUAAGCUUAAAGUCUCCAAAUCGAGUGGACAAGAUAAAAAACCAGUAAAAAUUUUAAAAGACUCCAGUGAUAUAUGCGUUUCGUAUUUGACAUAUAUAUAA